AUGCGCGCUGCCACCCCCAAAGGUAGAAUAGCUGUCGCCGCCUGCUGUCGCCGUUUCCGCGAGUUGGGCUCCGCGUGGCUUCCCGCAUCCUCUCCGCAGGAGGACGUCGGGGGGCAGACGGAUCCACUCGCUGAGUCGCUUAUCGUGUCUGGCGGAGCUGCAGGCGUGUGUCCGGAACCAUUCAGCAAGCUUGCUCUGGCGCUGCAGCAGACCAAUGAGACAAUCGCCACAGCAAUCUUGGGUGGCCUCUCCAGGCAGGAGAAGUCCAGGAAUCCAGAGCUCAUCGCAGAGAGCUUGGACGAGUUCGAGGGGCGCCCGAAGCUGGACGGGCCACCCACUCUGAACGAAGCCCAAAGCACAACGGGUCCCUACAUCGCCGAGCGCUUGGAGGAACUCACGGAUUGGACACGCGAUCGCGGGCGUGUGGCGCAGCCCUUGUUUGCCGACGUUCGCGUCUCGAUCGUGAAGCUACUCGCAGCGAGGAAGGCCAAGCAGACAAUAGAGUUGGACUAG